GGCCGGGAGGCGAUGCGUGCGCGCUGCCAGUCGACACGAGCGCCGGCUGAUCGUCGCUGCGUUGACCUAGAAAUACUAUAUCAAAGUUAAUUAUUUCAUGUGGCCUGAAAGUGAAUUGUGAUGUGAUUGUAUGUGAUAUUGACACGGUGCUUCGGAAGAUAAAAAUAAACCGAUCUUUAGUAAUUACUUAGGUACUUACCAUUUAUUAAAGCGGCGAACAGCGUUUUUAAAAUCAUGGAUGACAUAUUUAUGAAAAAAUGAAUGACGGUACAAGAAGAGCCUUAACAGGCUCCAUACACAAGAUACGAGAAUUCGAGCUCGAAAAAGUAUGUUUGGUGGAAGAAUUCGACAUUUUGCAAAUAGUGGGCGAGGGAUGGUUCGGAAAAAUACUUCUCGUCGAACAUAGAGCUUCUGAUACUGAGAUAGUACUGAAGGCUCUCCCAAAACCUUACGUAUCCAUACGAGACUUUUACAGGGAAUUCCAUUACAGCUUACAUUUAAGCGCUCAUAGAAAUAUUGUAACCACAUUCGACGUCGCGUUUGAAACUGCUGGCUUCUAUGUUUUCUGCCAAGAAUAUGCGCCCCUCGGCGACCUCACUUCUAAUAUGUUGGAUACUGGAAUUGGUGAAAUACACACGAAAAGAGUGGCAAAACAACUAGCAGCGGCGUUAGAACACCUACAUCAAAGAGAUCUAGUACAUCGAGAUGUUAAAUUAGAUAACAUACUUGUAUUCAAAUCAGACUUUUCUAGAAUCAAAUUAUGUGAUUUCGGCGAAACCAGAAAAGUUAAUUCAGUUGUAAGACGAAGAAACGAAUGGUUGCCUUAUUCUCCACCAGAAGUUUUAAACUUAUCAAUGGACAGUUCGUACAAAGCUUUAAUUAGCCAUGACAUUUGGCAAUUUGGCAUAGUGAUAUUCAUUUGCCUGACUGGAUGUUUACCCUGGCAGAAAGCGGCUUUUGACGACCCGAGAUAUUUAAGUUUCUUCAACUGGUAUAAUAGUGCAAAUCCAUUAAAAAGGCAACCAAAAUUGUGGAAAAUGGUUUCUUCAAGGGUCCAGAAAAUGUUUAAGAAAUUCGUUGAACCUAGAGUAGAAAAAAGAGCCUUAAAUUUUAAUGAAUUAACUCGAUACUAUGACUAUAGAUGGAUGGCUAAAGGAUACACGGACAGAGUUGCUGGAGGCGACAUUGAUGAACUAUGCCCAUCAAUGUACAGUUUCCAUAGCGAUCCGAAUGAAAAGAACAUAUUAUUGAAACAUUUUAGAGAUAACGGAAUUGAAACAACAGUUGAUAGACAUGCAAAGAAGCAAAGAAUAAAAGAAUGGAUUCAAAAUAGCGUCAUAGAAGAAGUAGACGAGGAGGAAGAAAGCAAUCACGAGCCAAGCGUUUACGACGACAGUGAUGUAGAAUUAGAAGAUAGAUCCAGACCCCAUCCAAUUGAUGAGAGUCAUCGAGUUACUCUACGGUAUGACACAGAAAAACAUAUUAACCCAAGAACUGGUGAAGUUAUUGAAGGUGUUAAAAGAGCCUCAGAAAAAAAUCCACUUUCUUAUGACGUACAAAAUAUAGAGCCAGUGGCACCGGCAAAUGUUGUAAGGCGAUAUGGUAUUAAGGAGGAUAAUUCGCCGCAAAGCUCUACCAAGGAUAGUGCUUAUGGAUCUUUAGAAAUAUCUGGAACGAAAAACAAAGAAAAUAAACAAACACCAUCUAUUGACAGGAUGUCUAAUCAGUCUCCGAGCAGAUCAUUAAGUGCGGUAUCUCUACCGCAAAGCAAAAUACCUCUGUCCACUCACGCUCAAAGAUUCCAAAAAAGUGAAGAAGUAUUUUCCAAAGAAUUAGAGAAUAUGAAAGGAAGUUCUUCAACUAUACAUUCUUUAGUAAAUUCGUCAAGAUCUAACAGUAUUCAAGUAACGAGAAAUGGUUCCUUAGAUAGCGCAAACACGAAAGAUAUUCCUCCAGAAAAUGAAAUUUCAGAAUCAAACAAAAAGCCGAGCAAUCCUGCUAUUACACAAAAUGGGUUUAGUCCAGGUGGAAAAGUAGCUGAAAAAGAGGCACAACCAUAUAUAUCCAUGAAACAUUCAGUUUAUGAAAUCGUCAGCAAUCGAAGUGAUAAUGGAAAUAUUAACAAAAUAGAUAGUCAAUUGAACAAUACUAACGCUCCAGAUAGUCCGUACACAUCUAUGCUAAAUAUUGUGCAAGGACAAAUGAAAAUAAGCCCCCACGCUAAAGAAAGUAAUAGAAAUAUUGUGAACGUUUCUAUAACAAAGAUGAAUAGAAAAAAAUUGUGAUAAUUGCUCAAAUAUGUUAUAUAAUAUAUUAAAUUUCGUGUCUCUACAUAUAAUUAAAUAAGGUUGCCUUAAUUAAAAUAUAGAAAUGGUCAAGACCUAUUGUCCGCAAAUUAUAAACAAAUGUAUAAUUUCGUAGAUCUAAGCGUGUCUGUGAAUUUUUUUUAAGAACUGCCGGUAAAACGCAUACAGCAUACAAACGUUAUAAAUACCAUUUAUAAUGUUUGUUCCUUUAUGUCUACCUUUCCUGGAUACCAUUUACAAAUAGCAAUAUAUUAUAAAUGGAUUAAAGUAAUGAGGACCCGUAAAUAUAGACAACCUAGCCGUUACAAAUUCUAUGUGAAAUAUAUUACAAUGUAUCCUAUUCACUUUGGAAUUUAGUUCAUUUGGUAGAAAAUACUACAAAUUUGACCGAUUUAUUCAAAUAGAAAGAAAAUCUAUUGAACAUAACUAUGUACCUAUCUAUAAUACAUAAAAGACAAGACAUCAGGGACUGCAUUCUAUACAUAUAUUUAGUCUAUUUAAUGAAGUUGGUAACAUGGUAAAAAACCUAAUUAUUAAAAAUAAGAAUCGAAUCAUCAUGUACAACAAAUUACUACUACAUAUUAUAAUGUAUUUAAAUGGAUAGAUGUUUAAUGUAAAUACAACAUUUCA